AUGCAGUCCUCCCCAAACAUGCUCACCAAGUUUGAAUCCAAAUCGUCCCGCGCCAAGGGAAUUGCUUUCCAUCCCAAACGGCCAUGGAUCCUCGUAUCACUUCACUCCUCGACAAUCCAGCUAUGGGACUAUCGCAUGGGAACUCUGAUUGAUCGCUUCGAAGAACACGACGGUCCCGUUCGAGGCAUUGACUUCCACCCAACCCAACCCCUCUUCGUGUCCGGAGGAGAUGACUACAAGAUUAAGGUCUGGAGUUACCAGACCCGACGAUGCCUCUUCACAUUGAACGGCCACUUGGACUACGUGCGAACUGUCUUCUUCCACCAUGAGCUCCCGUGGAUCCUGUCUGCGUCCGAUGACCAGACUAUCAGAAUAUGGAACUGGCAAAACAGGUCUUUGAUCUGUACCAUGACCGGUCACAACCACUAUGUUAUGAGCGCAAAGUUCCACCCCACCGAGGAUUUGAUCGCCUCGGCCUCGCUGGACCAGUCCGUUCGCAUCUGGGACAUUUCGGGAUUGCGCAAGAAGCACUCGGCCCCAACCUCAAUGAGCUUUGAAGAUCAGAUGGCUCGGGCCAACCCGAACCAGGCUGAUAUGUUCGGAAACACUGAUGCGGUUGUGAAGUUUGUCUUGGAAGGUCAUGAUCGGGGUGUCAACUGGGUGGCCUUCCACCCCACAUUGCCCCUGAUUGUCUCCGCAGGUGAUGACCGACUGGUCAAGUUGUGGAGAAUGAGUGACACCAAGGCAUGGGAAGUCGACACAUGCCGUGGCCAUUUCCAGAAUGCAUCUGCCUGUCUUUUCCACCCCCACCAGGACCUCAUCCUCUCCGUCGGCGAAGACAAGACAAUUCGUGUGUGGGAUUUGAACAAGAGAACUUCAGUACAGUCAUUCAAACGUGACUUGGACCGAUUCUGGGUCAUCGCUGCCCACCCGGAAAUCAACCUGUUCGCUGCUGGUCACGACACUGGUGUUAUGGUCUUCAAGUUGGAGAGAGAAAGACCCGCGUCCGCUGUGUAUCAGAACCAACUCUUCUACAUCACCAAGGAGAAGCACGUCCGCUCGUACGAUUUCGCGAAGAAUGUCGAAUCCCCUCCCAUGCUCUCGUUGCGCAAGCUGGGAUCCGCCUGGGUGCCACCACGAACCGUCUCAUACAACCCCGCUGAGCGGGCAAUCCUUGUCACUUCGCCUACCGACAAUGGAACUUAUGAGUUGAUUCACCUUCCCAGAGACGCCACGGGGGCUGUUGAACCGACCGAUGUCAAGCGUGGUCAAGGCUCAUCUGCUGUCUUUGUCGCUCGUAACCGUUUCGCCGUCUUCAACUACUCGAACCAGCAAGUGGACAUCAAGGACCUGAGCAACUCGACAACGAAGACCAUCAAGCCGCCAGCUGGAACUACUGACAUCUACUUCGGUGGUACAGGCUGCUUGCUCUUCAUCACCCCCACCUCGGUUGUUCUUUUCGACAUUCAGCAAAAGAAGCAACUGGCUGAGCUCGCUGUCAGCGGCGUCAAGUACGUUGUCUGGUCUAACGAUGGCCUCUAUGCUGCUCUCCUUAGCAAGCACAACGUGACCAUUGUCACCAAGACCCUCGAGCAAGUAAGCAGCCUGCACGAGACCAUUCGCAUCAAGAGCGCAGCUUGGGAUGACUCUGGCGUGCUCCUUUAUUCCACCUUGAACCAUGUCAAGUAUUCCCUUCUGAACGGUGACAAUGGUAUCAUUCGCACCCUUGAACACACCGUUUACCUUGUCAAGGUUAAGGGAAGAAGCGUCUACUGCCUUGACCGCAACGCCAAGCCCAAGAUCUUCGAGAUUGAUCCCACUGAGUACCGAUUCAAGCUUUCGUUGGUCAAGAGAAACUACGACGAGAUGCUUCAGAUCAUUAAGACCUCCAGCUUGGUUGGACAGAGUAUCAUUUCUUACCUGCAAAAGAAGGGCUACCCUGAGAUUGCAUUGCAGUUCGUACAGGAUCCUCAGACCCGUUUCGAGCUCGCCUUGGAGUGCGGUAACCUUGAAGUUGCCAUUGAGAUGGCAAGAGAGCUUGACCGACCCAACUUGUGGAGCAGACUUGGUGCUGAGGCCUUGGCUCACGGUAACCAUCAAACAGUGGAAAUGACAUACCAGAAACAGAGGAAUUUCGACAAGCUGUCCUUCCUAUACCUGUCUACUGGUGAUCAAGAGAAGCUGGCCAGGAUGGCUAAGAUUGCUGAGCACCGUGGAGAUUUCACCUCUCGCUUCCAAAAUGCUAUCUACCGUGGUGAUGUUGAGGACAGAAUCCAGAUGUUCAAGGAAGUGGAUUUGUACCCGCUUGCCUAUCUUACCGCCAAGACCAAUGGCUUGACUGAAGAGGCAGAAUCUAUCCUGGAGGCUUGCGGUCUCACCGAAGACCAAAUCACCCUUCCGACAACCGAGGAGCCCUUGCAUGUGCCCCAGCCCAUCGCCCCAACCUUCAAGUCGAACUGGCCCGUUAAGGCUGCUGGCCACUCGUCCUUCGAAAAGGCUUUGCUCGGAGAAGUUGGUGUGGCUGAUGAGGAUGCUGCCGCGAACGGGUUGGAGCCUGAGGAAGAGGAAGAGGAAGCCGUUACAGCCGGCGAGGCCCUCGAGGACGAUGACGAGGAUGUCGCUGGAUGGGACAUGGGCGAGGAAAUCAACGUUGAGGAGGAUGUAGACUUCGUCAACGUUGACAGUGCAGAGGCUGGUGCGAGCAGCUCCGAAGCUGACCUUUGGGCACGCAACUCCCCGUUGGCCGCUGACCAUGUUGCCGCGGGGUCUUUCGAUUCCGCCAUGCAACUCCUUAACCGUCAAGUCGGUGCUGUGCAAUUCGCCCCUCUGAAGAGCCGCUUCCUUGAAAUCUACAAAGCUUCCAAGACCUACCUUCCAGCAACAAAUGGUCUGCCUCCUUUAGUUAACUACGUUCGUCGCACUAUUGAGGAGACAGAUAGCCGAAAGGUCCUUCCUGUCAUCCCCAGAGACUUGGAGACUGUUGCCAAUGUCAACUUGCAAGAGGGCUAUGCCGCUAUGAGAGCGAACAAAUUGGAGGAUGGUGUCCAGAUUUUCAAGGGAAUUCUUCACACUCUCCUUGUCAACACUGUUUCGUCCGAAGCCGAAGUUGAGCAGGCAAAGAAAAUCAUUGCCACCGCCCGGGAAUACAUCCUCGCCAUGUCUAUUGAGUUGGAACGCCGCUCCGUGCCAACUGACACACCCGAGGGCCUGAAGAGAAGCCUUGAGCUCUCUGCAUACUUCACCAUUCCCAAGCUGGAGGUCACACACAGACAGCUUGCCUUGAUGGCUGCGAUGAAGUUCUCUUUCACCAACAAGAACUACUCAUCGGCGCUCAGCUUCGCCAACCGCAUGUUGGCCAAUGGAGGCUCUCCCAAGCUGCUUGAACAGGCCAAGAAGAUCAAGGCUCAGUGCGAGCGCAGCCCGCAAGACAAGAUCGACAUCGAAUUCGACCAAUUUGCCGAGUUCGACAUCUGUGCGGCCUCGCACACUCCCAUUUAUGGCGGUUCUCCCAGCGUGUCAGAUCCCUUCACCGGGGCCAAGUAUCACGAACAGUACAAGGGCACCGUGUGCAGGGUAUCUGAAGUGACCGAAAUUGGAGCGCCGGCCAGCGGACUGCGGUUGUUUGUCCCCAGUCAAUAUUGA